GGCUCUACUCCCUCGGCCGGACGACCCGGGAGGGGCCCGACCCGCGGGCGCGUUCGCCGCCGGCCCGCGGGUCCCGCCCGGCACCCCCGGCCCACAGAGACCUCCAAGCCGCCUCCCCCUCCCCGCCCCCCGCGAGAAGUGGCCGAACGAGAGCAGCGGAUACGAGAGCGGCGACAGGCCGGACGACUCCAACGACGAGGACAACCAGCUUCCGGCCCCGAUGGAAGUCCUCGCGUAUUCCCCGGACCAAGUGCUUCGACUGGAAGAAAACCGGCUCAAACUCCUGCAUCCGGCGCGGAAAGAAGACACCAAAGGACGAGAUCGAGAAAAACGCGGGAAAUCCCGCUUCCUCAUGGUCACGUGUUUCCCAGUGCGAAACGGGAAGAAAUGGCUCACAGACUCGAAGGGAGGAGCCAUAAUUUG